UUUCGAUCCCUUUUCCCUGCUUCUUUCCCCAGAACAUAUUUUUGGUUUUCAUCGUCGUUUUAUCGUCAGGUUUCAUUUUUCUGUAUAGUUGGAUCUUCCUACAUAUUCGAAAAAGAAUCUAUAUCCAUAACUAAAAAAACUAAAAAAAAAUUCAAAAAACUCUUGAAAAAAAUUAUAAAAAAAAAGAUCAGAUCAAUUACCAUUUGACUAGAUUUUAAUUACACCUUUUUUCUGAACCUGCUUUUUGAAACAAACAAACAAUCAACAAACAACAAACAAACAAUUAACUAAGAAAAAAUAUAAAAAGAUAUACAUAUACCAUGUCUUCUCCUGAUGUUAACCAACUCGCUGACAGCGUUGAAAAGCUCUCUGUCACCGAAAACACUGAAUCUACCCCAGUUACCACUACUGAAGAAUCCCCAGCCCCAGAAUCUCAACAAAAUGAGGUUCUUUCUUCUUUGUACGUAGGUGAACUAGACCCAAGUGUCAGUGAAUCAGAGUUGUACGAAUUAUUCUCCGCAAUUGGCCCUGUCUCUUCUAUCAGAGUCUGUAGAGAUGCUGUUUCUAAGCAAUCCUUGGGUUAUGCUUAUGUGAACUACCAAAACCGUGGCGACGGUGAAAAGGCAAUGGAAGAAUUGAACUACGCUGAAAUCAAGGGUAGACCAUGUAGAAUUAUGUGGUCCCAAAGAGACCCAGCAGCAAGAAAGAACGGUGCAGGUAACAUUUUCAUCAAGAACUUACACCCAGAUAUUGACAACAAAACUUUACAUGAUACCUUCUCCUCUUUCGGUAACAUUCUUUCCUGUAAGAUUGCAGUGGACCAAAACGGAAACUCUAAGGGUUUUGGUUUUGUUCACUACGAUAACGCUGAUUCUGCCAGGGAAGCUAUUGAGAGUGUCAACGGUAUGCUAUUAAACGACUUGGAAGUUUACGUCGGUCCUCACAUCUUAAAGAAGGACAGAGAAUCCAAAUGGCAAGAAUUGGUUGAAAAUUUCACCAACAUCUACGUCAAGAAUUUCAGCACUGAAUGGACAAAGGAAGAUUUGGAAAAGCUUUUCACUCCAUUUGGUACCAUUACUUCCCUCUAUUUGGCCACUGACGAAAAUGGAAACUCUAGAGGUUUUGCUUUCAUCAACUACGAAAAUCAUCAAGAUGCUUUCAAGGCUGUUGAGUCUUUGAACAAUACUGACUAUGACGGUAAAUUAUUGUUUGUUGGUAGAGCCCAAAAGAAGAGAGAGAGAGUUGAACAAUUGAAGCAACAGCACGAAGCUGUGAAGCAAGAAAAAAUGAGCAAGUACCAAGGUGUUAACCUAUUUGUCAAGAACUUGGAUGACUCAAUUGAUGAUGAAAAAUUGAGAGAAGAAUUUGCCCCAUAUGGUAACAUCACCUCUGUCAUUGUCAUGAAGGACGAUGCUGGUAAAUCUAAGGGUUUUGGUUUUGUUUGUUAUUCCACUCCAGAAGAAGCAACCAAGGCAAUCAACGAAAUGCAUCAAAGACUUGUUGAAUCCAAGCCUUUAUAUGUUGCUUUAGCUCAAAGAAAAGACGUGAGAAGAAACCAGCUUUCUCAACAAAUCCAAGCUAGAAACCAAAUGAGAAUGCAACAAGCCGCUGUUCAAGGUGGUAUGGGUCAAUUUGUCGCUCCUGUCUUCUACAACCAAAACUUUAUGCCUCAAGUACCAGCAGGUAUCAGAGGUGGCGCUUUCCCAGGAGGUCCAAACCCAAUGAUGAUGCAACAAGGUGGUGCAAGACCAGGUCAAGGUAUGCCAAACUUCAAUGUUGGCGCUAACGGUCAACCAGUUCCUGUUUACGUCCAACCUGUUUUCAACGACUACCCACAAGGUAGAAUGCAACAGCAACAAAGAUACUACCAAAACAGACCAAACCAAUUACCACAACAACAACCAAGAAAGCAAGGCAAAGACGAUAACUUAGCUCAAAUCAUUUCUCAAUUGCCAUCAGACCAACAAAAGAAUGUUCUAGGUAACGAAAUUUACCAAAAGAUUGUUGAUACUAACAAGGUCGAGGAUCCAAACGCAAUCGGUAAGAUUACUGGUAUGCUUUUAUCCAUGGAAAACACACAAAUUCUAGCCUCAUUGGAGAAUGAUGAUUUGUUCAACUCUCAAUUGAAUGAAGCUAUCAACGCUUACCAAUCUUACAAAAACGAAGAAUCUUCUGUUCCAGCUGAAUCCUCCGAAGCACCAGCUGAGUCCAAUUAAGUUGGAUCCACUGUAUUUUCAACGACAAAAUCCUAAAUAUCUUCUCAACAUAAAUAGGAAAGCAGUGCCAAUUUUGAAAAUGUUAUAGUUGGGGUUAUGACACUUUUUUAAUUGCUCAAUAUGUCUUAUUCUGCUUUUUUAAGCCAAGCUUUUCCGUGGUAUUUGCAUUUAUGUCUUUACCUAUAUUUUUCACUUUCUUUCAGUUAAUUAAUUAUUUGUGUUUGUUUUCUAUGCUUAUCAUUUUUUUGUUUUGAGGUGAAGCAGAAGUUUUCAGAAAUGCAUCGUUCAUCUACAUUAAGCUCUCUUUUACUUCUGAUAUUUAUUGCUUCAAUAUAUACAUGUUUGGUGUAAUUAACUUCUUUUUUUUUAUAAUGAAAAAAAAAUAGAAAAUUUUCAAAAUAAUACAUAAUGGACAAAGCUUACGGCUUGAAUCC